ACUUCCGCUACUGCGUGGAAAACUUGGUGGAAAUCUCGGAGAACUUUAACUUGCUCCUUACAUUUCCUCCUUAAAUGAGGCAUUUCUGGAGUUAAAUAACCGCACAGGAAGUUUCAACGUCUUGCAUUUGGCUUUAUUAAAGGGUUAGCAUGUCGACUACCGCCUUGUACAACGACCACGGAGGAGCGGAGGCUGCCGUGGAGGCUGGGCAGGAGAGCGCCCCGACCUCCUCCUCCGGCUCCGCCGGGGCUGCCUUCGGACUGUUCAGCGCCGACUUUAAAAAAAACGAAGACCUGAAGGAGAUGUUGGAGAGCACCAAGGAGUCGCUGAAGCUGGAGGCCAUGAAAAGAGUGGUUGGGCUCAUCGCCAACGGGAAGAACGCAUCCGAGCUGUUUCCUGCUGUGGUGAAGAACGUGGCCAGCAAGAACAUCGAGUUGAAGAAGCUGGUGUACGUCUACCUGGUCAGGUACGCUGAGGAGCAGCAGGAUCUCGCCUUGCUGUCCAUCAGCACCUUCCAGCGAGCACUCAAGGAUCCCAACCAGCUGAUCCGCGCCAGCGCUCUGAGGGUUCUGUCCAGCAUCCGCGUCCCCAUCAUCGUCCCCAUCAUGAUGCUCGCCAUUAAGGAGGCGGCCACCGAUCUGUCUCCGUACGUCAGGAAGACCGCAUCACACGCCAUCCAGAAGCUCUACAGUCUUGAUCCGGAGCAGAAGGAGCAGCUGAUCGAAGUCAUUGAGAAACUGCUGAAAGACAAAAGCACGCUGGUGGCCGGCAGUGUGGUCAUGGCCUUUGAGGAGGUUUGCCCGGAUCGCAUCGACCUGAUCCACAAGAACUACAGGAAGCUGUGCAACCUGCUGGUGGAUGUGGAGGAGUGGGGCCAGGUGGUCAUCAUCUCCAUGCUGACCCGUUACGCCAGGACUCAGUUCGUCAGUCCCUGGAAGGAGGGAGCCGAGUUUGACGAGAACAACGAGAAAGCGUUCUACGACUCGGACUCGGAGGGGAAGAGAGGCCCUGCGGAGGAGAAGCCCUACAUCAUGGAUCCGGAUCACCGACUUCUCCUGAGGAACACCAAGCCUCUCCUGCAGAGCCGCAACACAGCGGUGGUUAUGGCGGUGGCUCAACUCUACUGGCAUCUGGCCCCCAAACAUGAGGUCAACAUCGUCACCAAGUCGCUGGUCCGACUCCUGAGAAGCCACAGAGAGGUCCAGUUCGUCGUGCUGCAGAACAUCGCCACCAUGUCCAUCCAGAGGAAGGGAAUGUUUGAGCCGUACAUGAAGAGCUUCUACGUCAGGUCCACCGACACCACACACAUCAAGACGCUGAAGCUGGAGAUCCUGACCAACCUGGCCAACGAAGCCAACAUCUCCACCAUCCUGAGAGAGUUCCAGACCUAUGUGAAGAGUCAGGACAAGGCAUUCGCAGCCGCCACCAUCCAGGCCAUCGGCAGGUGCGCCACCAACAUCACAGAGGUGACGGACACGUGUCUGAAUGGCCUGGUGCUGCUGCUGUCCAACAGAGAUGAGACGGUGGUGGCAGAGAGCGUGGUGGUGAUCAAGAAGCUGCUGCAGACCCAGCCCACGCAGCACAGCGACAUCAUCAAGCACAUGGCCAAGCUCUUCGACAACAUCACAGUUCCGAUGGCUCGGGCCAGCAUCCUGUGGCUGAUGGGAGAAUACUGCGACAGAGUUCCGAAGAUCGCCCCUGACGUCCUCCGUAAAAUGGCCAAAACGUUCACGUCGGAGGAGGACAUCGUCAAGCUGCAGACAGUCAACCUGGCGGCCAAGCUCUACCUGACCAACUCCAAGCAGACCAAGCUGCUGACCCAGUACAUCCUGAACCUCGGCAAGUACGACCAGAACUACGACAUCAGAGACCGAACCCGCUUCAUCCGGCAGCUGAUCGUGCCGAGCGAGAAGAGCGGCGCUCUCAACAAGUACGCACGGCGGAUCCUCCUGGCGCCCAAGCCCGCCCCGGUGCUGGAAUCAGCCUUCAAAGAUCGAGACCGUUUCCAGCUGGGCACUCUCUCUCACAGUCUCAACACCAAAGCCACCGGGUACCAAGAGCUAUCUGACUGGCCGCCCGUCGCGCCUGACCAGUCCGUGAGGAACGUAGAAGUCAUCGAGCCGGUGCAAGAGUGGGUGCCGCUUGUGGGGAAGAGCAAAACCCCCAAGUCUGACAAGUUCUACUCAGACGAGGAGGACGAGAAGGAAGACAGGGAGUCCGGCAGCAGCAGUGACGAGGACAGCAGCAGCAGCAGUAGUAGUAGCAGCAGCAGCAGUAGUGAAGCAGAGUCCAGCAGCGAGAGCGAGGAGAACAGCGAGGAGUCUGAGAGGAGCUCGGGCGACUCUGGAAAGAGUUCUGGCAGGUCUGAGGAAUCCAGUGACUCCGAAGCGAAGAAGAAAACUUCACUGAAGAAAAACAAGUCACCUCCUGCUGCCACCACUGACAGUGACUCGGAGGAGAACGCACCUGCAGCCAGCAGCUCGUCGGACAGUUCGUCAUCGUCGGGGAGUGAGUCAGAGGAAGACUCUGACUCCGACUUGAGCCCCAAGAAGAACCAGAAUCAAGCCAAGGCUAAACCUAAGGUGCAAGUCAAGUCCAAGACAGAGGUUUCUCUACUGGAUCUGGAUGACUUUUCUCCUGCGCCCACAAAUGCCCCCAAGCCUUCGGUGGUCUCCUCCAGCCUGCUGUCAGACCUGGAGGGCCUGUCGCUCUCCAACGUUCCCUCCACCCUGCAGAUAACACCCACGUCUUUCGGCCCUCUCAACACCCACGAGCUGCUCCACCACAUGACGGGAAAAGGUCUGGCGGCCAGGUACCACUUCCCCCGGCAGCCAUGCCUGUAUGAGCCCAGCAUGGUGGCCGUCCAGCUGAUAUUGAAGAACAGUUCGGACCACGUCCUGGAGAAGAUCCACGUGGGAGAGCGGAGCCCGGCCAGUCUCAACAUCCACUGCUUCAACACCAUUGAGCGUCUGGAGCCAGAGGCCUCUGUGACAGUUUCCGUGGGUAUUGACUUCAGCGACUCCACGCAAGCAGCCAACUUCCAGUUGUGCACCAAGGAGGACCAGUUCAGCGUGUCCAUCCAGCCGGCAGUGGGCGAGCUGCUGACGCCCACCACACUGACCGAGCAGGACUUCUGCAAGGAACAAGGCAAACUCCUGGGCAUGAACGAGACCUCGGCGACCGUCACUAUGGCAACAGCGAACGCCUCCAGCCAGAGCAUCAACCAGCAGGUUCUGUCUGUGGCCAACGUGGGAGUGGUGUCGUCCAGUCAGAACAUGUGCAGGUUCGCAGGCCGGACGGUGAGCAGCGGUGCGCUGGUUCUGAUCCUGCUGGAGCUGAAGGAGUCGGGUUCUGCGCUGCUGACGCUCCACACGGAGAAGAGUGUGGUGGCCUCCAUGUUGCUGCGCGACCUCAAACAGGCGCUCGCCUCUCUCUGAGGCUCUGCCCCCCCCUCCUCGACCCCGCCCACCUCUAGAGCAGGUACAGGAGAGCCACUGAACGGCUUAUUCCACAUCACAUUCUUCAGGCUGAAGCAGAACAUUAUGACCGCCCAGUGUUGCGCACCCUCUGCGGUGGACAGUGCCAGCUCCUCCGUUCUCUGUUGUGAUCUUUCCCAGACAGUCAGUGGUCGUCCUCUUCAAUUAACCCAACAUCGCCCGGUCUCUCUGCAGACUUCUGGUUUCUCACGUCAGUGAAGUCAGCGAGUCAGAUCUGCUCUCUGUUAGCAGGCUGGUCGCCUUGUUGUGGCUCGUUCAUGCGAGUAGGAGCCAGAACCUGGCGUGCUGGCCAAAGUGCCUUCCUGCUGAAUCACUUUUCUCAGUUUGUCCUCCUCAACAAUAAAAAUGGAACAAAAGUCUCUUGGCCUCCAAGGCGUCGGUCUCAUCGUGCCUCUGUCCAACGCCCGCUUCCUGUUUGGUUCCUCAGUGGCGGCUCACUCGUGUGUCAAAACGGCCUCGAUCCGUGAAGGCGUUUUCUAAUCCAGGAUCAUCUCAUGAGCAUCCACUGUUCUGUGGCUGAGCGUCCCAUUUACCACCCAAAAUUUACCCCAACUGUCCCCAAUCACAAACCUCAGUUCGUGUCGUCAUUUUACUGUGACCUCGUGUGUUCUGUUGCGGCAGUUUCUACGGAGGAAAUCAGCGUUGGUCCUCGGAGAUCAAACUAUUCGUCCACAGUUCAGAGGUGGCUGGGAUGACCUCUGCUGGUUUGGGAGUAAAUCAGAGUGCUGCAUGAUGACCCCGGGUCACUCCGAGAGUCGCCUCCCGCAGGACUCCAAUAGUAUGGUCAGUAAAAGUCCACCUCUCAGCGCUCUGGUGUUUAUUCCAGAAGUUAGGAUCAGAUUAUCACCUGGAUUAACUGAGAUGCCUCGAGUCACAUGAUCUCGCAGAUUUGAGACUCCAAAAUGACAAUGCUGACCUGCGUGUGCCCGUGUGCGCGCGCGUGCGUGCGUGCGUGCGUGCGUGCGUGCGUGUGUGUGUUUUCCCUCCCUCAUGUUGUCACCUGCUGUAAUGGAGUCGCUGCUGCUGUCAGGUGGAGCGGCCUGCCUCCACUUCCCGUCACCGCGGUGAUGGCUUGAUCCCGUUCCUCUACGGAGUUUGGCUCCGCAUCGUGACAAGUGCUCAGACGUGUCCUGUCAUGUGACUCAGAAAAUCCUACUGUUAGCACUGACAGGUGGAGAUAACCACCGUGGUGUGUUGGAGCCAACAGUGAUGCUAUUGUUAUUGUGAAGAAAGGUGCUCGUGCGGCCUCUGCUGCCACCAGCAGGGAUGGAGGGGUAAUGACAUGCUGGGCUACAAAUACUGACACCAACUGUGAAAAUACUGAUUCACAAGUGUAGAUGUUCAAGACUAGGGUUUCUCCAGGAGCACUGUCAUACCUGGAGUGUCGGUGCCUUUGGUUCCGGCGGCUGCUCCGGGUCAUUAUUCGAGUUUUUUUUCCGCGCCCUUCUUUGCAGCGCUCUGACAGACGACUUCAUGUUUCCCCUCUGAAAUGUUCAGUGGCUCAUUAGCAGACAGACACACUUGACUCUGCUGAUUUUUCACUUUCUCCCGUCCCGCACUGAUCAAUCUGACGACGGAAUAUCUGCCGAGGAGCCGGAUGCUCGUGUUGCUGUGGGCAGCACGUCGCAGUCCGAUGCUCAAGCUCUCCUUCCACGCCGAUAAUCACUUUGUGGAUCAAUCUGAGCUUUGGCUGCUGAGUUCGCCACUGAAAGACUCGCUGUCGUCGCUAACUUUAAGUUAGCAUGACAUGUUUGUCAGUCAGUGGUGACUAGAAAAUGUAAUUCUAAAUGGGGCGAGGUUGAAGGGUCCCCUCCCACAGUCUGAAAAACAUACAGAAAUUCAUUCUAUAGAUUGUCCUGUGGUGGACUGGACUCCUGUCCAGGGUGUCCUCUCACCUCAACCUGAGUCCAACCUGAUGUGUAUCAUCGAGUCUUUAUCUUGGUGCACAUGUGCAACUCUAAUUUAAGGUGGAAUUACAGGUGUCUCAAAUGAGAUUCCAGCGCAGUGUUUGGAUUCUGACUUGGAGAUCUCAGUCGUCUGGUUGGUACUCGGAGCGCAACCAGCGCUCCAGAGAGCAAAGACUCGCCGGCUCAGGUGGUUGUUGCGACUGUAGGUUGUCAUGGAAACUCUCGGGUGCUCAGAGAACAGCUGAGCUCCUACGUCCAACCCCUGGUCCGUGGGCCUCAGGAGGGUGGACUUCUGCUUCCCCGGCGCUGAGGCCUGCUCUUUGGUUCCGCAGCAGUUUCCUAGAGCUGCUGACGGAUGUUUCGCACAACAAAAGCGUGUGUGUGGGCUUGUUUAUAUUGCCUUGUGAGGACCAAUUUUGACAAAACACUAUCCUCGUGGGGACCUUUUGCUGGUCCCCACAGGUCCAAACCUGAAUUUGAGGAUGAAGACUUCAAGAUAAGGAGACGUUAACACUGGCCUGGUGAAGGUGAGCCACGUGUUUUGGAGGGUUAGGUUAAGGGCUGAGGAAAGCAUCAUGGCAAUGAGAAACCUCACAUGUCCCCACAGUGUGUGUGUGUGUGUGUACGCUCUUGGGGGGUCGCUUUAAGAAACCUGCCUUUAAUUAGCCUGCGAUUGCGCUUUGAAAAGCGCUGGAGUGCAUUAAAACCUGAUCAGCGCAGAUGGAGAGCGCAGAGUGAAAGUGCGCCUCGCUCAGAGGUAAACAAGCGCGCGCGCGCACACACUGCUGUGAUUUAUUUGUGACACUGUUGACGGCAUGAGGCGAGUUAACAGAAGCUAAUAAGUUAAAAGCGGCAGUGGGGGUCGCUAAAGUGCUCCGUCCUUCUUCGCGCCGCCAAUUUGUCGCCCUAAAAAGCUCGGGUCUUAAACGGGCCGACGGAGCCGCCGUGAUUCACGCACAAAAGCAGCCGGCUCCUCUGCGCGUCUGCACCUAAUGAAGACGCGUGUGCCGUAAAAGCCGCUCGCAGAGUGGCCCUCCGCUGCCCCCCACCUCCCCGCCACAAGACGCUCUCGUGUCGGCCUCUGGCGAGGAUAAAAGCCUGACGUCAGUCACCGAGCACGAGCUCUUAGCGCCAAAAAGUUCUUGAAAGUU